AUGGGGUCUGCAGGCCUGUCUCGGCUACAUGGGCUUUUCGCGACUUACAAGCCUCCAGGACUAAAGUGGGAACACCUUCGGGACACUGUAGAGAUGCAGCUUUUGAAAGGACUCAACGCUGGGAAACCUCCUGCCCUUGAACAGCGUGUGCACUUCCUGCUGGGCCCGGUGGAAAGCUGUGAAGCCAAGGAACUGACCCUCACCGCCACUAGUGUGCCCACGCUGCGCAACCAUCCCCUGGUGCGUGGACCAGAAUUCACCAGUAUGAAGAUUGGGGUGGGACACCGGCUAGAUACCCAGGCUUCUGGGGUGCUUGUGCUCGGCGUGGGACACGGAUGCAGGCUUCUCACUGACAUGUACAACACUCAUCUCACCAAGAUGGCCCCUUCCAAAGAAAACCCCAGAAUGGGGCUCUGCAAGCCUGUCCGUGAACCUGAGCAAGUCCCAUCACCCUUACGAGACUCCAUUUAUCAUGUGACCAGAGAGAAGUUCGACCGAAUCCUGGCAAUGAUCCAAGGCUCCCAUCAGAAGGCGCUGGUGAUGUACUCUAACCUCGAUCUGAAGACUCAGGAGGCCUAUGAGAUGGCUGUGAGAGGCAUGAUCCGGCCCAUGGGCAAGUCCCCAAUGCUGAUCACUGGCAUACGCUGCCUCCACUUUGCACCUCCAGAAUUCCUCUUAGAAGUUCAGUGCAUGCAUGAGACGCAGAAGCAAUUACGAAGGCUGGUGCAUGAGAUAGGCCUGGAGCUGAAGAGCACUGCUGUCUGUUCCCAAGUGCGGCGCACUCGAGAUGGCUUUUUCACAUUGAACGAUGCCCUGCUAAGGACCCAGUGGGACCUCCAUAGCAUCCAGGAUGCUAUCCAGGCUGCAGCCCCCCGAGUGGCAGCUGAGCUGGAGAAGAGCUUGAGGCCGGUGCCAGGUACCCAGCAGCAGCCAGAUUCAGGCCAGUCCAGGGAUUCCUCAGGGCUGGGCUCCACCUGGGGGCUGGAGGGCAGCAAGGAGCAUUGA